AUGCUGACCCCACUGGCGCGGGUGGAGCUGGCGGGGGGUGGAGGUGGCAGUGGAGGCGGCGGAGGGAGUGGGGUGGCGGUGGGAGUGGUGGCGGGAGUGGUGGCGGUGGCGGCGGCAGCGGCGGCGGAGGUGGUGGGGGCGGAGGCGGUGGGAGCGGAGGCGGUGGUAGUGGCGGAGGAGGAGGCGGUGGUGGUGGAGGAGGUGGAGCUGGUCGGGGUAGUGCCCCGCAGCGGAGCGGCCCUGGUGGUGGUCCGCGUCAGCAGCAGCAGCAGCAGCAGCGUUCUCGGGACAUCCCCCCGCCUCAGCAGCUCCGUGAGUGCUGCCCCCUCGGGCGCCGUGUCAGGCCUGUAG